UCCUAGCGCUGUACAACAAUUAUUUGAUUCAGACAUUAACAAAGAUGCAAAAAAACUUUCAAGAUCAGAUUCGCAUAGUUCAACUGAAAGCAAAAAAAUCAUUCUAAACCGUCAAAGUCCAAGUGUUAACGUCAUGGAUGCUCCUAAUGUAGAAGAUACGCCUCCUCCUCCUUAUGAUGGAAAAACAAAUCCACUUGACGUCAAUGAAAUUUCUCAAAAUUCCAUUUUACCACCUCCUUCUCCGACAAAAUUACAUUCUUCUGAUGCUUCAAAUCUAUCUGCUUCUGGUUCUUUAUUUGACGGUUUGGAUCCUGCAAAGUUAAAGCAACCUAAACGUACCGAAUCUGCUCCUGAUAUCGCCGAGUUGUUUGCUGAAAGUAAAGAUCUGAGUAAUAAUCAAACUACUUCCCAUUCUGCUGCAAAAUCUAUGGUAAACUUAACUACUUUGAAUCAGAAGAAUGCAUCUCUCAUGAAUAAGGCAUUUCCGGAUACUCCUCAACAAUAUCUUGAAAAAUUGCGUGAUACUUUAUCAAAAUCUGAAUUGGCAACCUUGCUUGCAAAAAGCAAAGACAUAUUUCAUGAAGCUGUGUUGCGAACGUAUAUGGAGACUUUUGAUUUUCACAGUGAUCCCAUUGAUAUAGCUUUACGGAAAUUUUUGUUGGAUUGCUGCUUACCAAAGGAGACGCAACAAAUAGAUCGCGUCAUGGAAGCAUUUGCUAAAAGAUAUCAUGAGUGUAAUCCAGAUGUGUUUUCAAAUUCAGAUGUAGCUUACGUCUUAGCUUUUGCAAUGUUGAUGUUACACACUGAUGCAUUUAACAAAAGUGUAAAGCGUAAAAUGACAAAGGAUGAAUUCGUAAAUAAUACAAGGAUCGACGGUGUGCCGAGAGAAAUCCUUGAGAUUCUUUACGACAAUAUAACUUUUGCUCGAUUUAUAUAUGCUGAUGAUGAUACGGAUGUCAAUGGACAAACGAUGCUUACAUCUUCAUCAGAAAAUAGGCGAUCUAGAAUAUUUGGUACCUUAAAAGAACGCAGAAAAUCUUCGUUUGUAAGAAAUGAUCCGUACUUUGUAAUACAACAU